UGAUAGGGUAAAACAAAUGAAUUAUUUAUAAAGUGUCUCUAAUAGGAAAAGAGCCAGAUGAGUAAGAUCAAAUAUUCUAUUUUCAAAUACAUAUUAUUUAUCUUUGAUGCUAUUAAAAAAAUGUAUACCAAUUUGAGAAUAGGUUGGAUCGGCCAACAAUGAACAAGCUUGAAGAUUUGGCAAUUGUUAGUGGGCUGAUUGUAGUUCAAUUUCUGUACGCAUGUAACUCAAUUUUGAUGAGUUAUCUUAUGACCCUUGGUAUUAGCCCUCUCUCCGUGGCUAUUUUCUCAACAUUCGCCACUUUCCUCCUCCUCUCUCCUGUUGCUGUUUACUUUGAAAGGAAAAAAUGGCCCCAGAAAUUGAGUUUGAAGCUGAUUUUCCAGCUAGUUUUAAUAUCUUUUGCAGGGAUAACUUUAUUCAUGACUCUGUUCUUGAAAGGCGUUAAACUAACCUCGCCAGCAAUGGCAACAGCCAUGCCAAACCUUGGUCCUGGAUUCAUUUUCGUCAUUGCUUGGACUCUAAGGAUGGAAAAAGUAGAUCUAAAAUGCUUGUACAGCAAGGUCAAAAUCUUAGGAACAUUGUUGUGUGUUAUAGGUGCACUUACAAUGAGCCUAAUCCACAGCACCGCCCCUGUAAAAGAGGCUGCCGAUAGAACAGCAUCAGUCUCACCAGCCAUGAUGUUCAAUAGGGAAAAGAUGAUUGGUUGUAUGUAUCUAUUGGCAGCAGUGUUUGUUGUAUCAAGCAAUGUUGUCUUGCAGGCCAUCACUUUGGUGGAUUUUCCUGCCCCAAUUUCUUUGUGUGCUAUCACAUCAUUGAUUGGAGUGGUAAUAACAGCUUUUGUGCAGUUUAUUCAAGAACAUAAAUUGGACUUUGGCUGGAAAUUUAAAUUUGCAGAUAUUGCUGGUUAUUCUAUGCUGGUGGGUUUCAUCAGUGGAGCAGCUUUAAGCUUUAAUGGAUGGGCAAUGAAGAAAAGAGGGCCAGUUCUUGUGUCUGUUUUUGCCCCCAUCUCAACAAUAAUCUCAGUGGUCUUCACUGCGGUUACCUUAGGAGACACUAUUAACAUUGGAAGUUUUGCUGGUAUGAUUCUCUUGUUCUGUGGUCUCUACUUCGUUCUGUGGGCUAAAAGAAAAGAAACCUACUCCAACAGCUUAAUGAGUGAGUCGAAGCAGCAACGUUUCUCUUAAGUUAACAGCAUUUGUAUUUAUGUUUUUAGUGAAAUUACCAGAGAAUAAAGAGGUUAGGGUCCUAGCCUAGGCAAAUAUUAUCCAGCGUGGGAAAGAGAAUAUUGACGCAACUAAAUAUUAAUUAGAGAUGUAGGCAUGGGCUUUCUUAUCAAUGGCCCAUUUCAAAUUUCAGUCCUUUCCCAUCCAUACUGAUUUUAGGUGGGUGGAAAGCAAUUCAUUCUUACUGGUGUACUAUUCAUGCAA